GAGACGGCCUUAAGAAAAGCCUUCAUUCUGAUAGCAGAUCGCGAUUCACGGAGUCGGUGAACUUGUAAAACGCGGUCAAAAGUAGCCAGUGACCAAAAGUAGCGAUCGAGUGUGAAGGCAAGAAAGACGAAAAUCCGGAAGAAAAAUUAAUAAAAAGAAAGGAGAAAAGGUUUGAUAGCGUUGAGAGGAAGCUUUCGGUCGGGAUAAAAGUUCGUUCGAUGCGCGAGACCUAUGAGAUCGCGACCGCGUUGGUGAUCGUUCACGGGUGCACUUUUCAGAAAUUUCUACAAGAGACACGAGAGAUCGAACCUCUAUAGAUCAAACACUAUUCUGUGGAUCCCGCUGUUCUUCCAAAGGCAAACGAGUCAUCAUGAAGAUCUCGGCGAUUUUAUUGGUUUGCGCGGUGGCAUCGGCGGCGGCGGUGCCGCUCCAAGACACCCUGAAUGACGCUCGAUUGUUCCCUCGGAACAAGGACGCGGUUCCAGUUUCCACGGAACCCGGGAUUGUCACCGGCAAGGACGCGACGAAUCAGUCGACAAAAAAGCAAUCAGAGAAGACCGACAGUGGAACGAAAGAGUCGAAAUCCUCAUUGCUAGCCUCGAUUCAAGAUAAUAAUCAAGGCAAGCUUGAGGUUGGCCGUUUCUCAAAGCAAUCCAACGAAGUCAAAGCAACUAAGAAGAAUCGAAAGCAUAAAGCCAUCUUCGUCAAUUAUCCUCUCGUUUCACAGCUUCCAUUCUCUAACGUCCCCUAUGACAUCGAUUAUCCCAGCAACAACUUCGAUACCGAAGAACGAACCAUGUCGGAUCCGAAUAGAUACGAGGAAAGCAACAUCUUUUACAUCAGGCUACCGCCCACGCCGUACAUGUUCGUGCCAGGUUUAGGCUAUAUCUCGCAACCGCCCACUUAUUCCACAGCCAGCCUUCGGCCGCAUGUCCCGUACACGAGACCCGGAAGGCCGAAACCAAACUACCAGCAACCCGUUAACCCGUUCAUCAAGCUGCCCAUCGAUUUUGUGAGCAACGGGAAACCGACGUCGGUCUACCAAUGGCAAAAGAAGACGAACAAGAAACCAACGGACAGCCCAAUCACCAAUCUGGACAGCGUUUCGGCGGACUUUGUGAGCAAUGGGAAACCAACAUCGAUUUAUCAAUGGCAGGGCAAUUUAAAACCGACCAAGAAACCAGCGGACGAUUUGGUCAACAACCUGGACAAGGGCCCGUACACGUUUAAUGGCAAGCCUACCAGUUUCUUUCUGUUGAAGUCUGAUGGAACCGCAGGGGCACAUCAGGCUUUCCGGUACCCCGACUACCGGCAAGAUAAUUCCUACUAUUGAAGACACGGGGCAGCUAGUUGCUACCGAAACAUGGAACGAACCACGGCUAUCUCGAAUCCUACAAAUCGUCGGUUUGAUUGCCGGAUGAUGAUGGAUUCGAGCGAAAGAGAUGAGAAGCGACGAGCGUAUGCACGAGAAAUAUGAAACGAGAGAGGAAUCGAUUCGCUAUUCUCGUUCGAAUCGUAUAACUGCGAGUGCCAGAGAAUCGUGAUGCUCGAACGCUUAGAAAUUACACUCGCGCUUACGCUUCGUUCAGAUUAGUGCAUUUAUCUGAAUUCAGGCAACUUGAAGUUGUUUUCCUCGUCUGAACUUGUAGUAUGCUAGAUUUCAGGGGAUAUACUAUUGGACUUUCAGAAAUCAAAGCCUCGUUUUUAAUUUUCUUACGAUGUUAGAUGCGCGAAAUAUCGCGUUAACGCGUCAUACUACUGACUUAUGUUACUAGAACGAAUGUAUUAUCUUGAAACCUCUGUUAACGUUCUUCUCGAAAUUAUAUCUUUGACCCGAUCGUUAUGAAAUCUCCGCGCUGCCAAAAGUUACAAGAUCUAAAUUC